CCUCAAUGGGGGCGGGCAUACGUACAUUGCGUAACGUUGUGUUGAGGGAACGGUUUCCAGCGACAACCUUGACGUAACUGUCGCUGUGAAUGGCCGUGCGCUGCUGUCAGUCACAGGCCAUUUAAAUGGCUACGCAGUGUCAGCAGCUAAACUGUGUGUGUUACAAAUCGCAAAGGAGGAACAGAGGCAAGGCCUGAAGAUGAUCAAGGAGGAAGAAGAAGAUGGAAAUAGUCAGCACGCUGAGGAGCAGCAGCUGCGGCGCCGGUAUGAGGAGCUCUGCAGCGCUCUUAAUAUGGACGAGAGGGCCCGUGCAGAGGCCUGGGAGAGUUAUGCACGAAUUAGCCAGACUUACACUCUGGAGGGAAAUGCCCUACAUUGGUUGGCGUGUGCGUUGUACGUUGCAUGCAGACAGUCUGUGCCAACAGUGGGAAGAGGCACCGUGGAAGGGAACUAUGUGUCUCUCACUAGGAUCCUGACCUCUUCAGAACUAAGCUUGAUUGAGUUUUUUAGUAAGAUGAAGAAGUGGGAGGACAUGUCCAACUUACCUGAAGAAUUCAGAGAGAGAACAAAGAAGCUUGAGCGUAAUUUCACAGUCACCGCUGUACUCUUCCAAAAGUACGAUCCCAUCUUCCAAAAGAUCUUUAAAAACCCACAAGAAGAGCAGCCACGGCAGCACAGAGGCCGCAAACAAAGGCGUCAGCCCUGUACCAUAUCUGAGGUGUUUCACUUCUGCUGGGUGCUGUUCAUCAAUGCUAAAGGAAACUUUCCAAUGAUAAGCGAUGAUCUGGUGAAUUCAUACCAUCUUCUGCUCUGCGCCUUGGACCUUGUGUAUGGGAAUGCCUUGCUGUGUCCUAACCGUCGAGAGCUCCUGAACCCCAACUUUCAAGGCCUUCCUGAAGAUUUCUCCAGCAAAGAUUUCAAACCACCUUCCGAGCCUCCCUGCAUCAUCGAGACACUCUGCUGCCUCCACCAAGGUUUACUUCUGGAAGUCAAAGGCAUUAAAGAACACUUUUGGAAACCAUAUAUACAUAAAUUGUUUGAUAAAAAGGUACUGAAAGGAAAAUCUGAAUCGCUCACAGGAUUUUUGGACCCUGGACAUUUUGCAGACAGUUUGAAAGCCAUCAAUAAGGCCUAUGAGGUGUUUGUUCUUUCUGCCGGUCAUCUGGAUGAGCGAGUCUUCCUGGAGGAUGCAGAGGAAGAGAUUGGAAGUGUAGGCCGCUGCUUGAAUGCCGAGCUGGGCGCAGAGUCCACAGAGCGGGCGCAGGUGUCCUACCAUUUACAGCAGCACUUUGACAGGAUGAAGUCAUUACGGAUAUCCACUCCUCUUACCAGUCUGAAAUAUGUGAAGGAGAACUCUUCAUGCCAGACUCCCGUCUCCAGCGCUACAUACAGUGUCAGUCGCCUGUUUGCCAUUCUGUCUGGUCUGAAAGCAGCCCCUAGUGAGAGACUACAGCAAAUGUUAAGUGCCUGUUCCAGAAACCCUACACAAACCAUUUCUAAGUGCCUAAAAGAAAUGUUUGACGUGUUUUGUGAGCACACAAUGUCAGAAGGUGGAGAGAGUCAGCACUGUAAAGAGAUUGCAAAGAAAUACAUCAGGCUGGCAGAGGCACUGUAUUAUAAGGUUGUGGAAUCUGUUGUCGAGCGGGAAAAGAAAUGUCUUGGAGAUGUAGACUUGUCUAAUAUACUGGAGCAGGAGAUCUUCCAUAAGUCCCUCAUUGCAUGCUGUCUUGAAAUUAUCAUCUUUUCAUAUAAACCCCCUGGCACUUUCCCACAGAUAAUAGUCAUGUUUGACUUGACACCCUACCAUUUCUACAAGGUGAUUGAGCUUGUCAUCAAGGCAGAAGAUGGUUUAUGUCGAGAAGUAGUAAAACACUUAAAUCAGAUUGAAGAGCAGAUUCUUGAGAGCAUGGCAUGGGCUCCCGAGUCCCCUCUAUGGGACAAGAUCAGAGACAACGAUGGGAAAAUACCACUUUGUGAAGAGGUAAUGCACCCACAUCAUUUUGAAGGAGCUGUUAGUAACAGCAUAACAGGUUCAUCUGCUCCUCUAACUUCAAGACGAGUGAAUGAGAUCCGAGCAGAUGCGUUUAGUCUAGGAAAAAACCUUUCCUCUUCCUCGCCUACCUUGUUUGACCGGUAUAGUUCACCUAUAGCUGGUACAGCCCGUCGCCGUCUCUUUAUUGACUCUGAUAGUCCAUCUGAAGAUGGGAGUCCAGCACGAGCAUCUCCACAUUCCACUGCGGAGUCAACUUCCUCACCUGUUCCUGGGCAGACCCUAGUCACAAUGGCGACUGCUACAGUAACAGCAAACAAUGGACAAACACUCACUAUUCCUGUACAAGGUAUUGCCAAUGAGAAUGGCGGGAUCACAUUUUUUCCGGUACAGGUCAGUAUGAGUGGACAACCUCCUACAAUUUCUAGUUCCAUUCAGCCACUCACAGCCCAGGCUCUUGCUGGUCCAAUGACCACUCAACAGAUGCAGGUUGCAGGACAAGUGACCGUCCCUCAGGUUCCAGUUUCUUCAGGAAAACAAAAUACCAGCAACAAAUUGAAGAAAGUUGGUUCUUUGGCUCUUUUUUGCAGAAGGGUUUAUCAUUUAGCCAGUGUUCGCCUUCGGGAUCUCUGCCAAAAGCUUGAUAUUUCUGAUGAACUUCGGAAAAAGAUUUGGACUUGCUUUGAGUUUUCGCUGGUGCACUGUCCAGACCUGAUGAAGCGCCGACAUCUGGAUCAGCUUCUGAUGUGCGCAGUGUAUGUGAUGGCCAAGGUAACAAAAGAAGACACAUCCUUCCACAACAUCAUGAGAUGUUAUCGAACGCAACCUCAUGCUAAAAGUCAUGUGUACAGAAGUGUUCUUAUAAAAUCCAGAAGAAGGCAGCAGUCUGGUGGCAGUGACCAUGUACAGUCAGGCUCCCCAGCAGAAAUCAAUAAAGAUCUAGGCAGCAGAGAGCCCAGUCCAGUAAUGCGAUCCAGUAGUACUCUGCCUGUACCCCAGCCCAGUAGUGCUCCCCCUACUCCAACACGGCAAACUGGAACCAGCAGUGAUCUGGAAGAAGAAGAAAGAGGAGACCUUGUUCAUUUCUACAACAACAUCUAUAUUGGAAAGAUGAAAAGCUUCGCCCUGAAAUACUCUCUGGAAGUAAAUGCGAAUGAAGCUACCCCUCUCUCUCCUUAUCCUUCAAUGCGGAUUUUGUCUCCUCGCCGUGUUCAAUUGUCUCACAAUCACCCAAUCUACAUUUCUCCUCACAAUGAAGAUUCUGCCACCUUGUCCCCUCGAGAAAAGAUCUCUUACUAUUUUAACCUCAGCCCUGCAAAGAGAUUGCAAGAGAUCAACAGCAUGAUCAGAACAGGAGAAACACCAACCAAAAAACGAGGGAUCCUUUUGGAAGAUGGAAAUGAAUCUCCAGCAAAGCGUAUAUGCCCAGAAAACCAUAGCGCCCUUUAUAGGAAACUUCAGGAUGUGGCUAAUGACAGAGGCAGUUUCUGUACAAGCUAGAUUGUUGGAUUAUCCUGUCUACAGUAUUUUAAAGAUCUUAAUAUAUAAUAAUUAUGUAACAUUAUGUAACUUGAGACACCAGGACUGUAAUUGGUUAGUGAUGUCUGCCCUGUUGCAUUUAUAACCUGUGUUAUAAGGGGGCACUUAGUUUUAGAUAUGAGACUGGACACUUAGGUAGUGACCUUGCCUGUAGGUUGCACUAGAAAUGUCAUGGACACAAAUAAGUCCUGGUAACUUAUAUUCAAGAAAUAUCAAAGGUAGUUGACAAGACAAGUGCAGACACUUGUACAGGUGAGUUAACUUUCAUAACAGAUCUUGUUCACAUAGUACAGCCAAUAGAUGGACAAUGGAUGGAUACUAAAGCUUCUUUCUAUGCAGUUCUAUUAUGGCAAACAUCCAUGGGUCCCCAGUGCUGACCCUAUAUUAAAGAAGAACAUAGUUGUUCUAGUUGGCUAUUGAUUAGGCCUCUAUGAUAGGGCUGGGCGGUAUGGCCAAAUAUGUGUAUCGCUGUAUUUUUGUAACUUAUGGCGGUUCCACGGUAUAUAACUAUAACUAUAUAAUGGUAUUCCUUCCCCCCCCCAAAAAAAAAAAUUAAUUAUUAGCCCAGCGCUGCGCUGUCCCCAUUGGAGUACUACUCACAUGUCACCCGCAAGCACUGCCUCUUCGUCCUCCUGUUUGUUGUGGCCUCCGGCGCUGGCACUCUAUACUGUGUGGUAUCCCUAUGCCCGGGCUGCAAAAGAUAAACAAAAAUAAACUUUAACGCAUGUUCCUACGUUAGCCUUACGCUCUUCCUGGUGAUAGGCUGAGCCCACUGUCAUGUAAGAAGCCGGCUUCUUACAUGACAGUGCGCUCAACCUAUCACCAGCCACUGCGGCCGGUGAUAGGCUGACGGCUUUCCGAUGUUCCAUUCCCUAGGAAGCUGGUCCGGACCGACGGGGAAGUUUAUUUUGUUAACCUUUUGCAACCCGGGCAUAGAGAUACAGUAUAGAGCAGUGGUCUUCAACCUGUGGACCUCCAGAUGUUGCAAAACUACAACUCCCAGCAUGCCCGGAC